AUGGGUUGUGGAAGACUUGCGGCGGGACGGGCGGCUGGCGGCGUGCCUGUGAUUCCAUCAACUCCGGAUGCCCGCCGAUGCGUCAGGGAGCGGGCGGUGGUCGGCGACUUUUGUUGUGGUCGGCGACUUUUGUUGUGGUCGGCGACUUUUGUUGUGGUCGGCGACUUUGUUGUGUCGGGCGUGUGGCAUGCGUGUGGCAUGCGCUAUUGGCGAUGCUGGCGGGGCCGUGAGCGGCGGUUUUGUCGAGCCGCUCCCGCCGCCCCGCUCUCCCGGCCUCUCAGGGCCGUCUCUAACGAAGAGUUGGGUGUGCUAGCACGCGGCAUUUGUGUACAAGUUGUAGUGUAGGCGACAUUUGUCGAAAGAGUCUAGAUAGAGUCGAAAGAAAUGACGUGCUUUUGCACACAGCCAA